GAGGCGGAGCAGAGGGAGGGCUAGGCCAUGAUUGGCUGCUCUGAACAGGGCAAGCUGGGCGCGAGUUUUGGCAGCGGGAGGCGUCUGGAGCGGUGGGAUGGCGACACGGAAAAGCUUUGGAUCCCCGGGGUCCCCGGGUGCAAAACGUUCAAAGGACACUCUGGGAAGAGCACAUUCCGGGAAACACAAAGCUGAUCAAAAGCACAAGCCUAAGGACGUGUUUGACUUUCCUAAUAAUUCUGAUGUCUCAAGCAUGCUGGAAGAAAUGGAGGAAGAAGAGGAACCGUAUGAAACCUUCGACCCUCCUCUGCACAGUACUGCUAUCGAUGCUGAAGAGGAACUGUCCAGACACUGCGGGUCCUCUGCCUCUCCGGCCACUCACGCAAGAGAAGAGGGCAGAAGUGUGGACCCCUCUGCAAACGAAGCAGGUGGAAACAAGUCUGUAAAGAUGAGUGCGAAAAAGCCGAAGAGAAGGCUGGAUCCCAUCAGCGACGAGUCUGAGAGCUCUGAAGAUGACAUAAGGAGGAGAGUGGGGUCCCUGGAGAGAGCAGAACAGCACCAGGCUGCUCCGGCAGCGUCUUCGGCAGCCCCUGCGAAGCCAGCCGCGCGGACCACUCCUAAGAGGACAAGACCCCACAGCACUCGGCCCUCCGCUGCAGAGGAGACUCCAGCGACACAAAGGCAGCGGAAAACUCAGAAGGAAGUGAGGCUGUCUCCUGGCAGAAGAAAGAAACCGGGGAGCAAAGCCACAGACCCGGAUGCUUCCGAAAGUAUGCAUAUUUGGUGUCUAGAAGGAAAGAGACGUGGUGACAUCAUGGAGUUGGAUGUUAUUUUGUCUGUCUUUGAGAAAACCUUCCUGGAGUAUAAACCAAGAGUAGAAUCUGAAAGGUGUAAUGAAGCCAUCAACGAUUUUUAUUUUAAAAUUAAAGGAGAACUCAUCAGAAUGCUUAAAGAAGUCCAGGUGCUGAGAGCUCUGAAAAGGAAGAACACCAAGAUGAUCUCCGACAUGGAAAAGAGGCGGCAGCGUUUGAUCGAGGUCCAGGAUGAACUGCUUCGAUUUUUAAAAAUUUUGUCGUCUAGAUUAGAACCACAACUGAAACAACUACAAAAACAAUAUGACAACCUUAAGGAGAGAAAGUCAUCACUGAAGAAUUCCAUGCAUUUCUUAUCUAAUUUAAAACAGCUGUAUCAAGACUAUUCGAAUGUCCAAGAGAAAGAACCAAAGAAAAAGGAGAAGUAUGAUUCAUCUAGCCUUCCAGCUCUGUUGUUUAAAGCAAGAACGGUUCUGGGAGCCGAAAAACACCUGAAAACCAUCAACUAUCAGCUGGGGAAGCUCCUUGAGCAGGACCGAGAAGACAUUUGCUGAGUCAGCCCCCUGCUGCCAUCUCCAGAAACCGCACGCUUGAUAACCAAACUUCCAUCCCGAUAAUAAGUGUGGCUACUCCUCAGAAUUUAUUACCAUUUGUCAUCCAAACUAAAUUACACCAGUUCAACUGCCUAACGGUUUCAGAAGCCACAUUUAUUGUUCUGAUUAUUGUUAGUAAAUUUCAGUCUCUUGACAUGUUAGUCAUCACGAGGCAUAAGAGUUUUAACCUACAAUAAGCUUUUUAAUGAUGUCAGUGCAAGCAUGGAAUAAUUUUGACUAGGAGCAGUUACUGAAGUAUGUCAAAGCUAAUCUUCAAUAAAACUGGCUCAGAUAAAAAGCAAAUUAUUAGAAAACCAAUUGAUACAACAGUUGCUAUAAACAGGUUUAGUAAUAAGUUAAUAUAAUUUGAUUUUUUAUAGUGUUGGGGAUUAAAUGCAGGGCCUUCUACCCUUGGGCUAUAGCCCCGCCCUAAUUUAACACUUAUGUCAUCAAAUCUCAGGCUUCAGGCAAACUGUAGCCUCGUUAGGUAAGUCCCACCCAUAGUUAGCUACUCUGUAAUGCUUCUACAAUUAGUUCAUCGGGAAUAUCGUCCAUCGCACUCUUGUAACCGAGAAGACUCUUGUCUGCAGCAUCAGCGAAUUCAGCAUCUUCUGUAGCUUCCAGGAAGCAGACAUCAUCUUUGUCAUCCCAGUCAGCGUCAGAAAACUGGCCAGGAGACAGGUUACUGGAUGGUGGGUUUUGAGAAUUCUUGGCCAGUGAGUUGCUGGUUUCAUCUGCUUCAUCAGAAGUGAACUCCUCCUUUAUUUUGGUGGAAAAGAGAAGUAGGAGAGAGGAAUAAAGAUUAGUCAGAAUAUGUGACUUCACUACACACUCCAAAUAUGUUGAGUUAAGGUAUGAAGUAAUAACCAGUUUUCCAAAGUCAAAUGGCAUGCUAGAUUCCUGUUGUCAAGAACCGUCCCCAUGGGGCAGGUAAGUUAGCUCAAACAUGAUUGCUUUUGUAGUGUAGACGGGCUGAAACUGUAGUUCAUGGCAGAUGCAUUUCCAUAUCCCCAGAAGGGGUACAGCAAAGGUAGAUAUAAAUUCCUAAUGGGAAGAUAGGCUAGCUGGAGACAAGCUGGAAAAUACAUUUCUUCUUUUUUGGUUUUGGUUUUUGAGACAGGGUUUCUUUGUGUAUAACAGCCUUGGAUGUCCUGGAUCUCACUCUGUAGACCAGGCUGGCCUCGAACUCACAGAGUUCUGCCUGCCUCUGCUCCCAAGUGCUGGGAUUAAAGGUAUGUGCCACCGCCGCCUGGUGAAAAUACAUUUCUAAAUUAACAAAAAUCACCCCUAGAGUCCAUGUAAAAAAGCCAGGCAUGCAAUCCCAGUGCUAUGGAGGUAGAGAGAGAUGGGUCCUUGGAGCUUGGUGGCCAUCCAGCCAAGCCUCCUGAGUGAAUACCAGCCCAGUGAGAAGCUGUCUCAAAACCAAAAAGGCUCCUAAGGAAAGACACCCAAAACUGUCCCUCUGGCCUGUAUGUGUGCACUCCUGCACACACAUGAGCACACACAAAUGCAUAUCUAUAUAUGUGUGUAUAAAGAUGUAUAUAUAUAAAGAUGAGGGAGAAAUAGCUAUGUUAACUGUUCACUUGAAAGGCACUAUUUCUAGAGUUAUUUCUAAAUAAUAAACAUUUAAGUUAUACUCAAA